GACAAUACGAGGUCCGCCUGGUGAGGACGCGCAAGACUGCUAAGCUAGAGCACAGGAUGAGCCGCAUAUGAGCGAUUCUGAUAGAUAUAUAAGGAAGGGGAAUGGUAUGUAUGAGAUACACCGCCAAACAUAUCGUCAUACAAUUACUUCAUUCUCCAGGGACUGAACCUCGCAACUUCACAACUGUAUCAUCCACUUGAAACCGAGAUAAUGGCAACGCCGACCGCGACCCAGUCUACCACUGGCACGACAUCUACUUCGACUCCCUUUUGCACAACAGCUAUACCAGGACAGUAUGGAUUUGUCCCACCAGACGCAUGCAAUGCUCAGUGGGCAUACUCCCCGUCGUUCGCAGCCGCAGUCGCUUUCUCGGCCCUGUUCGGUAUGCUCUUUAUCGCACACUUCGCCCUUGCUAUUCUGUUCCGCAAGGGCUUUUCCUGGGUCAUGAUCAUGGGUGUAUCAUGGGAAUUCAUCGCCUUCGUAACGCGCGCGCUCGGCGCACACGACCAGCAGUCUCAGGCGUUUUCAUUCACCGCCACCCUCCUCUUCCUCCUUGCACCCUUAUGGGUGAAUGCCUACGUGUAUAUGACGGCGGGACGGCUCAUCUGGACCUACCAUCCCAACAAAAAAGUUUGGGGUUUCAAAGCGAUCAGCUUGGGCAAAUACUUUGUGUGGCUCGACGUCUUCUCCUUCCUCGUUCAAGCCGUUGGCGGUCUUAUGCUGUCUCCGGGCGCCAGCGCGAGUACCAUGACGACAGGAAAGAACAUCUACAUGACAGGCGUCGGAGUCCAGCAGCUGUUCAUUCUUCUCUUCUUCGCCCUUAUCGUUCGCUUCCAGAUCGAGCUUCAACGCUUCGAGAGAAAUGGGGCUGGCUGGCUUGGCAAGAGGUGGCAGUGGGUCACAUAUGCGCUGUACGCGGCCCUUGCCCUUAUCACCAUGCGUAUCAUCUUCCGUCUGAUCGAGUUCUCCGCCGGAGCCGGGGUGGAUAAUCCGCUACCUUACCACGAGAAGUACGCUUUGGCUCUAGACGCGUUUCCAAUGAGCCUAGCUAUCCUCAUCUUGGCUGUCAUUCACCCAGGUCUUGCACUGAAAGGCCCGGAGAGCGAGUUCCCCAGCAGAAAAGAGAGGAAAGCCGAGAAGAAGCAGAUUAAGGCGGCAAAGAAAGCUGGGAAACAGGAUCGAAAAAUGGCAAGAACGAGAGGUGAUGUGAGUAUUACGGAUGUAGAGAUGAACCGUAUAUAAGCUGCGUGUGCCUGGCAGAAGGUUUUCACGAAAAUAGUCGUUACACAUGGCGUUUAGGUAGAGGCGUCUCUAGUGCUUAAU